CUAUUCAAGCAGUACUAUUCCAGCUUUCGCUAAAAACGGUUCUAAAUUUCAAAACAAAAACUAACACUUCAAAGAAAAAUGGCUAAAUACAGCGCAAUGUUGGUCGUUUUGUGCACCCUGCUGGUUUUGCAGUUGGUUGUUGCCCAACAUGAUGAACACGCCAGUGAUGCAUUGCACGAACAUGAGCACGAACAUGAGCAUGAACAUGAGCACGAACAUGAGCACGAACAUGACGGCCACAGUGACGAAGCUGGACACCACCACAGUGGCGAAGCUGGACACCACAGUGGCGAUACUUCAGAGGAAUAGGAUAGUUCGAAGAGUGACAGUUCAUCUUCGGAAGAAAAGAAGGACGAAGCACAUACUCCGGAAUAAUCAGUCUGUAAUGCAGGAUGAUUUAAGUUGCAGUAUGUUGUUGACCACUUUAGUAAACAUAAAUAAAUGUAGCAAGCUCGAAAAAAGA